CUAUGACCCAGGACAGGUAUGUGUUACCAGAUAUUCCCUAUGUUACAGGACAGGUAUGUGUUACCAGACAUUUCCUAUGUUCCAGGACAGGUAUGUGUUACCAGACAUUCCCUAUGACCCCGGACAGGUAUGUGUUACCAGACAUUCCCUAUGACCCAGGACAGGUAUGUGUUACCAGACAUUCCCUAUGUUACAGGACAGGUAUGUGUUACCAGACAUUUCCUAUGUUCCAAGACAGGUAUGUGUUACCAGACAUUCCCUAUGACCCCGGACAGCUGUUCCUUCACAAAUCCUUUUUGUACCGAGGUAUAGUUCUGUUCUCCUGGAACAGCAGUGUCAUCACACACACUUCAGACAAACAGAAAGAUAAAACCAGUAAAAAUGCAAAUGUCAAAUCCCACAUCCCUGACAGUAAACGGAUGAAGAGAAAUUUCCAACAGUAUUAUAUGGCACUGACCGAUCCUCGGGAUUCUCCAUAUAAGCGGAACCAGAUGGAAGCCAUGCAUUAUUUGAAGGAAAGAGAUGAUAUAUCUACAGCAGUAUGUACAGCAAGCAACACAGACAUUGUCAACCAUCAUGACAUCAUACCAUACUCCAGCACAGAGGAAAUACCAAUCGCCAAUGAACUCUUCAAGGCAUACUUUGAUUAUGACAAGAAUAAAGUGCCAGCCUGUCGGGUAAAACCUGAGCUGAAUAAUGCAAUACAGAUGCACUUUCCAUGGGCAGACAUGGACAAUGUUGUGUACAAGGAAACCACGAAAAACAUACAGGUUACCUGUAUACCUUUCUUCUUAGGAGCCAGUAAAUCAGAGAAAACCUCGAAAAAAUACACAUGGAUGUACUGUAUCCGGAUAGAAAACCUUGGCUUGGAUACACUCCAAAUUAGGCAAAGAGAGUGGCUACUGUUUUGUAAUUCCACUGCCAAAAUUAAUACUGAGCGUGGGCCUACCGUUGAAGGUCAGGAGCCAGUUCUCUCCCCUGAGAGGAAGUGUUACCAGUAUGUGUCCAUAGUCCACCUCAAUUCACCCAGAGGAAGCUUGUGGGGAAGCUAUACAAUGGUGAGACCAGAUGGUACAGAGGUUAUCAUCAGGAUACCUAGGAUGGAACUCAGGUGUGACGACGACAAUAACUUAUGAUGAAAAGUACGGGGAAAAAUGGUUUUAAAGAUUUAUUGGUUCGGCAAAACCAAUACAACUAACUGAAGAUACACAAGUCAACAGGAAGGUCAUCCAUUGGCAAGCUGGAGGUAAAAGUCAUCCCAUUGAUGAGAAUGAAGUCAUCCCAUUGUUGAGAAGGAAGACCUUUAUUGACACGUCACAGUGACAAUGGUGAUCUUAAUGUCAUACCAUUUUAUUGGUGAGCUGGAUGGAGGUGAUCAUUGUAUUGAUAAGUCACAAUGACGCAGUGGGCUGAAUAUAAAUUUACAACAUUUGAUAUAGCGCCCUAUCUAGCUAACAUAAGCCACUCUAAAGUGCUUUAGAUAAUACAUACAAUGUAUAUAUAUAUAUGAACCCAUUUAGAUCCUGUUGAGCUUAAUGCCAACCUAUUUACCAGUAGAUACUGGUGAGCUAAAUAUCAGAAUAGGGGAGGUUGCUGUGAUGCUAUACAUCAGUGUUCUCAUUUAAAUGUGGUUGCUUACAUAAGUAGCCUACUAUUCAUCAACUUUAAACCGUGUAUUUUUCAGAAUAUGUAUAGGUCAUCAUUAUAGCAUGUUAUAAUUAACAGGCUAUUCUUUUGAGUCAACCACCACCUGUUUCAAAACUUAGUGAAAACACUGUACAUAUAGAUAAGAUAAGUAGAAAAUCAAUUGUUGUUUUCCUGUAUAGCUUAUUCCGUUUUAUCUGACCCCUGAGUAUUCUGGCAUCAAGCCAUUUCAGACAUUCAUAUUCAAAUUUCUUUUCUUUUGUAAUAAGGCAUAUAACACCAGUGUCCUCUUAUAUCCUGUCAAAGUAAUUGUUGAAUUUCACAGGGUAUCUGAUUAGACAGGUUUCAAUACAGAUUAGAAAGCUUGUAACUAGAGGAAGUGGUACAUACAUGAUCAGCUGAUGAUGUACUUGAAAAUAAGGUAAAUAAUAAGUACAAGUAUGAGGUCUGCCUGAUGUCUCAUCAAAUAUAUGGCAUAAUGAAUUUUUCUUGUUUUCUUUUAUUCAAAGUACUGAACUAUCAUUGUUAAAGGACUCUGGGCAUUAUGGGUAAUUUUUGGCCUCAUAAAAAGUAAAAAACUUCAAAUUGAAUUUAUUUACAAAUUUCUGUUAUAAACAUCAUAUUGGUUAAUUUGGGCUAUCUUUCUUGGUGAAGUUUUUUUCUAAUGCGCAUGCGUGGAUGUUCAUAUUUUGUACUUCAUUUAUUCCAGAUUACGAAAUAUAACUAAUUCUAAAUCUCCGGUGAGACCAGAAAUGGCCCUUAACGCCCCUAGUCCUUUGUGAUUAUCAUUCUAAACUUUGAAUAACGAAACACAAGACAAUUCAUUGUAUAGCAGUUGUACAGUGACAGAAUAGUGAUGUACAUAGCAACGAACGAAACACAAGACAAUUCAUUGUAUAGCAGCUGUACAGUGACAGAAUAGUGAUGUACACAGCAACGAACGAAACGGUUUGACAGAUGAUUGUGUAGUUGAAAUUAUAAUGAUGUAUAAAGCAUUGAAGGAAACAUUUCAGAUAAUCAUCAUGUUCAGGAAAAAAAAUGAACUUUUUAAAACCUCUUAAGCACUUGUACAUAAGUUAUGUUUAGUGUAUAGUAAUAAAUAACUCCUAUAGCCUGCUUACCUGUACUGGUUCUCAGUCUCAAGGUCUAACAUUUGAUGUUAUGGAUUGUAUUACAUUAUAAUGUGUAUGCCCAAAUUUCAUUGAUGUAUGCUUUGUUCUGAGGAAGAUACAUAUUUAUGGCUAUUAGUGAUAUCUUUUGACUAUCACUACUUGUUAAUAAGAGGAAAAACAUAUUAUUUAAUCUAUGUAUCUUUUUUUUUUAACCCGGAUUGAAAGAGCUGAUAUCGUAUCCUCAAUAAUGAGGUGCAUUAUACAAAAUUUGUAUGCAUAUGUCAAUGUGUUACAAAGAUAGCAUCUAUUUAGUUAGAUGUAUGUUAUUUCUACGUGUAUAUUUUUUUUAAAGCAUUGUUUAAACAUUAAUCAUCUGAGUGACACCUGAGCAGUGAGUGUAUGUACAGGAUACUUGUUUCAGCGUAAGACUAUUUGUAACAGUGGACAGCUGAGAGUAGAAGAGUUCAUCACUCUAGCAUACUGUGUGUUAUUAAGUAUGUUUCAUAUUCAUAUGUUUGAAUCAUAUGACUAAAAUAAUUUAUAUUUAUUUAAUCACCGAAAUACCAAAAACAUUUGAAAAGCAAUGACUUUUUUCCUGAUGUUCACAUUGUUGGGUGAUAUCUGAUCUGGUGAGCGUUCGUGUGGGAUGUUCUACAAUUGUGUGUAGUUUGUUUUCGGACAGAUUUAUGUUUGUACUAGAUGUGUGAGCAACUACAUUUAUUAUGUAGCUCUGACUGUAAACUUUAGGUUCUUGGUAAAAAGUUAGAAAACACGUCUUGAUAGCCACCAAACAUUAUUUUUUGAAAUGUGUACAGAAUACAGAUGUAAUUUUUAAACGGUUGUCAGUUUUCUGACAUUCUUAGGAGAAUGUAUGUGAAACGUUAAUACAAGUUUAUCUGUAUGUGAAAUGUUAAUACAAGUUUAUCUGUAUGUGAAAUGUUAAUACAAGUUUAUCUGUAUGUGAAAUGUUAAUACAAGUGUAUAUGUUGCUAUGGAAACAUUGUCAUGGUAAUAAAUCAUCUUCACAA